UGCUCAGCGUGUCCAAGAGAAUGUCAAGUCCCUCCUCCAAUAAAAGCGGAAGCGGAGGGGCCGCGUUGGGUGAAGCCUCUGUUAGCUCCUCCUCUCCCGGGCUGCCGCAGUGAAAUUGGGCGCGUUUGCGCAGUGACGUUCCUUUUUUUGUUGGAAGUACUCGUAGACACCCAUCAAUAUGGCAGAUGAGGUAGAUUUCACCACUGGAGAUGCCGGGGCUUCCACCACUUUCCCCAUGCAGUGCUCUGCCCUGCGCAAGAACGGAUUUGUGGUUCUGAAGUCACGUCCCUGCAAGAUUGUUGAAAUGUCAACCUCCAAGACUGGCAAACACGGUCAUGCCAAGGUUCACCUUGUUGGUAUUGAUAUCUUCACUGGUAAGAAGUAUGAAGAUAUCUGUCCCUCUACCCACAACAUGGAUGUCCCAAACAUUAAGAGAAAUGACUACCAGUUGAUUGGUAUCAAUGAUAAAUACCUGUCCCUGCUGACUGACAGUGGUGAAGUCCGUGAUGACCUUAAGCUGCCAGAAGGAGACCUGGGAAAGGAAAUAGAAGCUAAAUAUGAAGCAGGAGAUGAAAUUAUGAUCUCGGUGUUGAAUGCAAUGGAUGAAGAAUGUGCGGUAGCCAUCAAGGCCAUGACCAAAUAAACAGGGAUCCCCGGCUCGAGCUAUCUGCUCAGGUCAAGAUAAACAGAUCUUAAAUUUGGUUCUGAUUGUCACCAAAGCUAUGGCCUUCACAAAAACCUCAUUUCUUUUUGACUUGACUUGUUUGCAAAUACUGCUGGAUUCUAAACUUGGGUAUGCAGUUUAACUGGUCAUUUCCAAAUCACUGCACUAUGGACAUUUCUUGCGUUACCUUUCACAUUCCUGAAGGUGUUCAGUCGAGGGUUCAGCUAAGGGACUCUUUAGAUGAGGUAUUCUGCAUCAGUUUGUCCAUGAUGCAUAGUUUAAAUCAGGCUUCUAGUGUAAUUGGCAAAAGCACCUGGAAUUUAUAAAGGUAAUUAAGCAAAUGUAAAGAUGCAAAACUGUCUUACUAAUAUGUAGAAUGAGGUCUUAGAAUAUUAAGCAAGUUUAAAUCUAUUGCAUGUUAGACUGUUUAAAACACAAAGUGCCAAGUAUAUCACUUGGACAUAAAGAAAUGUGAGUGAUUUAGAAAUGCCAGUUAAAUGCUCCUUCUCCUGCCCCUUCCUCAUUUAAAAGAAUAAAAAAUCCUGGUGGCCAUGUGCAAGUAAAUUGUAUUACCUCUGUAUUCUCCUGCCAACAUGUUGGCUUGCAUAUUGUAACCUUAGACAAAAAUGGUGUCAAAGCCUGCCUACAGUCUAGCCAGGCACUUGGUAUGUUGGGUGAUUCUACACAGCAGGCAUACAUGGCACAAAAUGAGGAUUAGAGUUGUUAAUGCUACAGAUUUUCACUCGAGGCCUUUGUCAUCAGACUGAAAAAAAAUAAAAAUAGAAAAAUGCAGUUCAGUUGCUUUUUUUUUCUUUUAUUGUAUUUAUCUUGAAAUAUUAAACAUAGUAAAGACCUUCCCAGGAAUUGAUUUUGCGGUGCUUCCAGUGUGAAUUUUUUUUUUUUUUUCUGGAAUACAAUGUGGAUAGUAGAAAUGAGAUUUUAAGUGUUUACACAAGCAACCCUUGUGUAGGCUCAGAACCCUACAGUGUCCAGGGUAUUCAGGCUUUAGGGACCCUAGGGUAUGUAUUCUGCAUACUGAAUCUCUAAACUGCUAAAGGGGUUUAAGGGAAAACCUUUUUUAUUUUCAGUUUCAUAAACAGUGCCACUCCUAUCCAUUGGCUGCAUCUCAUAACAUUUUCUAAUCAUACAAUCCCUUUAAGUAGCUUACUGUACUUGUUACGACCAGCUAAAUCAGGUGCACAGAUCUGGGUGUCAUUUUGAUAUCAAUAGAGCUUAAUGUACUGUGCCUACUUGUCAUACAGUAAUGCACAGGUUUUCUGAUCUUUUAAGACUAGGCCACUCAUGUGUCUCCAUCCAGAGCUUCAAGUCUGACUCUUCGGGGGGUGAUGAGCAAGGCUUAUCAUAAAUGGCUUUCCAGUUUUCUGCCCCAGCAGUUUGUCUCUAGAACUUGUUAGGACAUUGUUCAAACCUAAAACAGUUAAAAAGCAAACAUGCCUUGCGUGUAUAGUUUACUGGGUUGUUUAAUGAUUCCGAACAAGCGAAAGUCUCAAGCUCUCUUCCUUGAAUAUCUCAUUCCUGUCAACUUGACAAUUUGCAUUAAUUGUAAGGGUUUAAAGCAAUAGAAAAAACUGACAAAAGCUGACAUGGGAUAUGUGGUAUUAAGGACAUUGGAUAUAGUUAUUGGUACAUCUAAGGUAAGUAGACCAUUUUUU